AUGGAUAGUGAUAUUUCGACCAUUCAUCGCGACUUGACACCAAAAUUGAUUUUGGCCCCUUUUGCCAAGAUUGUGGAAGCAAUCACAAUAAUCUGGAAUGGUACGCUGAAGGCCUUGUUUCAAGCCCCUGUUCUCACGGAAAAGCCCGGGCCACUGAAUUACUGGCUAGAGGAAGCUCUGCUUACCGCGCUAAUCGAGGUCAUCGAGGCCGUCGAUUUGAUUGAAGUGACAGGGGUUCGUCGACGGCUCCUCCCGCCCUCGCCGUUAGAUGGAGACCUUUAA